AUGUUCAUCAUGUUGGAAUCAGGCAGGUUGUAAAUUGUGAGGCAAAAUCACCGGCGUGGAGGAGAGUGAGAGCGCGAGAGAGGGAGAUGGGGGGUCUUGGAUCAAAAUCUCUCCAAGACCACUCUGAAGUAUAAAUGAGGCUUGCGGAAAGGACUCGUAACUUGGACAAUUUGCAAGGUCCCAGCGAUAUGCACGAGUGAGACUGUGAGCAAGUUUUGUAGGGCGUUUUGUUUCUAAUUCUGCAUGAAUUUAAUUUCAGUUGAAAAGCAUGUUUCCAAAGUUUCCCCCCGUACUACAGAGUAGGAAACCGACUCAUGGGAUGUGGUAACUGGAGUGCCUCUGUCCACCUCGCUUCUCUCAAGGCUCAGACGAAGGCGCCGCUUCUUCUUACCAUGAUCAUAGUCUUCACCUAUUUUAUCUACUGUCUGACGGGCUGCUGCGACACCAUGCCGAGCCCCAUCCCUGUGUCUUCCCAGCGCCGGGCGGCCAGCCCGCUGGUCGCAGCCGCUGACUUGGGGCGAUACCAGAGCAGGGAGCCGCCCGAUCGCUCUCCCUACCCCGCUCCGCUGGAGGAGGAAGCCGCCGCGGGGCGCUGGAAUAUCUCUGUCUUUAACAAUUUUGGGAGUAAAAAGUUUCCCCAGGCCGUGAUAAUCGGGGUGAAGAAAGGGGGCACAAGGGCUCUACUAGAGUUUCUGAGAAUUCAUCCGGAUGUCAGAGCUGUGGGAGCCGAGCCGCAUUUCUUCGACAGAAACUACGAGAGGGGACUAGACUGGUACAGGAACCUGAUGCCCCGGACACUGGAAGGGCAGAUCACCAUGGAGAAAACCCCUAGUUAUUUUGUCACUAAAGAAGCCCCGAAGCGGAUCUUCUCCAUGUCAAAAGAUACUAAACUGAUUGUGGUGGUCAGAAACCCUGCCACCAGGGCGAUCUCAGAUUACACUCAAACCCUCUCCAAGAAUCCAGCUGUUCCAAGCUUUCAGAUGCUGACCUUUAAAAACAUUAGCACGGGCCUCAUUGACACAUCCUGGAGUGCAAUCCGCAUUGGCAUUUAUGCCAAGCAUCUGGAAAACUGGCUUCAGUAUUUUCCCCUUUCCAAGAUUCUCUUUGUGAGUGGGGAGCGGCUCGUUAGUGAUCCAGCUGGUGAGAUGGGCCGCGUGCAGGAUUUUUUGGGGCUUAAGAGAGUCAUUACUGAUAAGCAUUUCUAUUUUAAUGAGACCAAGGGCUUCCCUUGCCUGAAGAAGCCUGAAGGCAGCAGCCGGCCUCGUUGCCUUGGUAAGUCAAAGGGAAGGACUCAUCCUAAAAUAGAUAUGGAUAUUCUUCUUCGGCUUAAAGAGUUCUACAGGCCAUUUAAUCUGAAGUUCUACCAGAUGACAGGCCAUGACUUCGGAUGGGAGUAAAAUGCGUCCACCAAGCACAAAAAAAAACUGAUAAUUAAUUGCAUAUAAAGAAACUGUGUUUGUUCAUUUUAAUCUUUUCUGAGCACUCUGUUUCUUGUAAAAUUGCCUCAAUUUUGCUAGCAUUCACUGAACCUUUUACAGAUCAUUUUUAUGCUGAACAAUAUAAAAGAAGAAUGCAAAAAUGUCAAACAACAAAUCAAGAAAUAAUUGUCACAAAAAUUAUAAGUGCUACUUUCAUAGUUGAAUGACAUUGAAAAUUAACUGUAAGAUCAUAGCACUUAGAAAUGCCCAGUAUCAGGGAUAAUCAUUGGUGGCUGCAAAAUUAGAAAUAAAUGUUAUUGCUAGGCUUUUUUACAUACUGAUCCCAAAAAAUGAAGGCAAACUGAAUCUUAAUCACAAAAUUAGCUUAAUCAGAAGUGUAUAUCAUGAAUCUGAUCAGGGUUCACUGUUUGCUUGGCAUUUCAAAAAAUCUGUCCCUUUUCCUAUUUCAGGAUUUGUCUAUCUAUUUAGUUCAGAUGGUUGUCUUGUUUUUAAAUCCUCUAAACCUAUAUAUGAUUUGCAUCAAUACCAUUUUCAAAAAAAUGUUAUCUUGUCCAGAAUUAAGUACUUUUAAUAUAGCAAACAAUGGAUAUAUAAACAAAAUUUACACAAUGAAUUCACUUUUUCGGGUUUGGACUCUUGGGAAACAUUCUGUGUGUAGCCCUUGAGGAUCUCUUCAUUUGCUAUAGUAUGAAAUGGACAAAAAUAUCACCCAGAAUUCAACCAAAUUUUCUUUAUUGAGCCUUAGAUUGAAAAAUAUAAUCAUACCUGAUUCAAAUUGACUCAAAUCCAUAACUAACUGAAUAACUUAUUCAUUAAUUGAAAAAAUACUAUAAUUUCUUACAUUUGUACCUGGUGUACAAAAUCAAAUGUAGUGCAUGUGAUUAUAGUUUUUUGGAAUUGAUUGGCACACAGUCAGUUACCAUCUAUUGAUGUCUGUUUGUCAAUGAAAGGAAUAAUAAUACCAUUGAAUACUCUGAAAAACUGAAUGAAGUUUGGGCAUGUUAACCCAAAUUUAAUUUGGCAUCUUUGGCCUUUUCCCUAUUUCUCUCCCAAGUAUAUGUAUGAACAAGUUAAUGACAAAUUUGUUAUCUGUGCCUGUAGCCUAUAAGCUACUAAACUGGUUUCCCUCUUGCUAGCUGGAAGAAAGUAGUUCUACCUACUGUAAAUGAUAAAACUAUGCUUAAGUAAAGAAUAAACCAUAAUUCAGUGAAAAUGAGCAGAAGUAUACAAAGAACUAACCCCAUGUCAUUUGCUUUAUACAUGAGUUUGUCUUUGAAAGUGCUGAAGAUGUUAUAACUUAAUAUUAUCACCAUAAAGGGAAUGCAAAUAAUGUCCUAUUGCCCAAGACAUUGCUCUACAGACAUUGCUCUACAGACAUCAAGACAUUGCCCAAGACUCUACAGCCUAACACCAAUUUACUCUGGUGAUGAGUGCAUCACUGUUAUGGAACCAACAGGAAGUUCUGAAGAAGAGUGAUUUCAUUUAACGUCAACCUUUUCUUCCUGAUGAUUCUUAUCUACUGCUUGGACAUCAUUCUGUGGAGCAAAAAUGCAUAGAAGGCCAAUCUGUAUCCUGUUAAAGAACCAGAUUACAUCUCCACCUCCACCUCUCGGAUAAGAGCGAAAGUUCUGUAUUCACAAUUGGAUCAUCAUCAGAAGUGAAAAAGGCAUCUUCCUGAUAUCAAAUGCAACCAUUUAAAAUGGCUGCUUUGUCGUUAGCAAGCUGAGUAAAUCACAUAAUGAGAGCCUCGCAAAUCAUGACUUGGUACAAAGUGCCACAAGCAAACUAUAAUUAUUUUGAGAAACUCAUUUAAAGAUGGAAAGUUCAUCCAUCCAUGUUUCAUUUUGUUAACAAAAAGAGGCAAUCCUGAAAAUUUUGACUCUUCCUUCUGGAUUCCAUACUUUUAAGCUGUUAUUUUACAUUGAUAUUGUUUAAUGUUGUAUUCAUAAUGUAUAGUUAAGAGUAACUAAUAUAAUUUCUUUCAACUGAAGUCAUGUAUGUUUUGCACCCUGCUUACUACUUACAUUUUUGUGGAAUUGCAUUACUUUAGUACAGUUCACUUAACACUGAAACUGUAUAUGGUAAUUAUUUCUGAUGGAUAUAAUUAACUGAAAUCAAUGUUCUCCAUUAUAUAUAAAGAAAUUAUUAUUUUAAGUAAUAUGUCAUCAUUUGAACUCUAUAUUCA